AUGGACUUGGUUGUAUGUGUUGUCGUGUACGAGUGCUUAGUGGUGCACCCUCUUCAUGGAGCUAGCACAAUUCACUACCAGGCGUUAAGACUAACCGAUAACGACGAUGUCGAGUUUAUGUUUGACGUACAUAAGAGUCACAGUUCUUUGUCCUACAUAGAGCUUUAUGUUACGUUUGAGAUGAAGAAUCCAACAUCUAAUCUUGAGUUAAAUUACCCAUCAAGUUCUAGUCAAUUCUACAAUCCAUCAUCAUCACAACCGCACUACAAUCCAUCAUCAUCAAAAUCUUUUCAUUCACAAUGGUCACAAAAUCAGUACGAACCAUCACAAAGAUUAACUCAAGUUGAUCCCUCUCAAACACAAUCUCAAACUUUAAACGAUGAAAUAAAUAUAUUCACCUCCCAAAUCCAGGACCACUCAAAUGAUGAAGUUCAAGAUGAUGAUGACGAUGAUGAUGAAGAACUCCUUGCUGCACAAAGCGGUGAUGAGAACGAAGAAGACGAAGAAGACAUUGUGCCACAACUACCAAUUUCACCGAUCAGAGCUUCUUACAACCCACCAAGGUCUAUGCGCAACGUCAUUGAUGACCACUCAACUGAGCUUUAUCAGUCAAUGACUCUUCCAGUCGAUGAAGGUAUUUCUCCGGGGAUGCAAUUUCAUAACAAGAAUGAUUGCAUUCUCGCAAUUAGAUAUUAUCACAUAAAAAAUUCAUGGGAUUAUUUUGUGAAGCAAUCGGAUCAUGAAAGGUAUGUCAUCAAAUGUAAAGAUACUACUUGUGGUUUCAAAUUGCGGGCCUCGUGGAGGAAAAAAUCUGAUAGAUGGGAGAUUGGAAAAAUGAAGGAUCCUCAUACAUGUGUCUCAACAGAAUUGACGCAAGAUCAUUGCAAACUUAGUUACAAUGUCAUAUGUGAAAGUGUUAAAUCACUACUACAUAUGGAUGCUUCAAUUACGGUGAAAGUUAUAAUUGCACACAUCCGAGAGAAGUUUAAUUAUACAAUUUCUUAUAGAAAGGCAUGGAGAGCAAAAAAUAAGGCGAUUGAAUCAAUUUAUGGUAACUGGGAGGAUUCUUAUAAAGAACUACCACAGUGGUUGAUGGUCAUGGAAAAAGAUUUGCCAGGAACAAUUAUUGAUUUUCAAACAGACCCAUCAACAGAAGUGGUCAAUGAGAUCGUCUUCAAGCGUCUCUUUUGGGCCUUUCGUCCGUGCAUCUUGGGCUUCGAAUUCUGCAAACCAAUUGUCCAGAUUGACGCAACUUGGUUGUAUGGUAAAUACAAAGGAACAUUGUUGUUAGCUGUUGCGCAAGAUGGGAACAACAAGAUAUUUCCCAUUGCUUUCGCAAUCGUGGAAGGGGAGACCAAGGAGGCAUGGAGUUUCUUUUUGAAAAAUCUAAGGCAGCAUGUCACCCCACAGGCGAACAUAUGUCUCAUUUCUGAUAGACAUGUGUCGAUAAAGAGCGCAUAUGAUGAUCCACAGAAUGGAUGGCAUGAUGCUCCGACAAGCCAUGUGUUUUGUGUCCGACACAUUGCACAAAACUUUAUGCGAUCGUUCAAGGAUGGAGAACUUAAGAAGAAAGUUGAAGGCAUGGGUAAAAAUUAUAUCUCUAUCCUUGUAAUUUCGACAUAUUAUUUGUUUAAAGAAGACACAUCUAAAUUUUUUCAAAACAAUGCAGGUUACGCCAUGAACAUCCCAACAUUCGAAUACUACCGCUCUGAAAUCGCUGUCGCGGACCGGAAGGCUUUAGCAUGGGUCGACAACAUUCCCAAAGAAAAGUGGACUCAAUCACAUGAUGAUGGUCGACGAUGGGGCCACAUGACAAGUAACUUGGUAGAGUCACAAAACAACGUGUAUAAGGGAAUUCGAGGACUCCCGAUCACAGCAAUUGUGAAAGCAUCCUAUUACAGGUUGGCGGCCUUGUUUGCUAAAAGAGGACAUGAAGCAGCGGCAAGGGUAAAUUCUGGUGAGCCAUUCUCAGAAAACAUCAUGAAAUAUCUCAGGAAUGAGGUUAUUAAAUCCAACAGUCAUCAUGUCACUCAGUUUGACCGGGAUCGAUAUACCUUUUCUGUCUGUGAAACCAUCGACCAUAAAGAAGGAUUACCAAAGGGAGAAUACAAGGUGGACCUGCAAAAUAAAUGGUGUGACUGUGGACGGUUCAGAGCGUUACACCUACCAUGCUCACAUGUAAUUGCCGCAUGUUCUAGCUUUUCUCACGACUACAAGACUUUUGUCGAUAACAAAUUCACGAAUGAGUGUGUGUACGCCGUAUACAACAUCCACUUCGACGUGGUUCACCACCAGUCAUAUUGGCCUGAUUAUGAAGGACUGAAGGUGGUUCCCAACAAGUCGAUGCGUAGGGCAAAGAAAGGUCGUCCACCAAUUACUCGCAUUAGGACCGAGAUGGACGAUGUGGAAACUGAGAGAAGAUGCGGCGUUUGUAGGAUGCCUGAUCAUUCCCGCAAAGAUUGCACUAAUAUUAGACAUCAGUAG